UGUCGAGAUGCCCCAUAAUGUUGUGGUAAACAUAAUUCACCCAUGUAGUGCUUAAACAAUUAUUAAAACGUUUUCAAUGGAUCCUGAAGAGACUGAAGAGAGAGUGAAAACUCGAGCUGUUAUAAAGACAGCAACUGAUUUGCAAAGAUUGAAAUUGGAGAAAUUAAUGAUGAAUCCGAAUAAGCCAAUUGUAAUACCUGAGAUUUCCAAAGAAAAAGGUUAUAAUCAAAUAGCACCAUCCUUUGUUCGCAAUGUUAUGGGAUCUAGUGCUGGUGCUGGUUCCGGUGAAUUUCAUGUGUAUCGCCAUUUGCGGAGAAAGGAAUAUUCUCGACAAAAAAAUAUACAAGCAAUGAGUAUCAAAGAGCAGCAAGACCAAGAAUUUCAAAGAAAGCUUGAACAAAAUAAAUGUAUCGCACAGGAGAGAACAGCGAAAAAAAGAGCAAAACGGUUAAAAAAGAAAGAACGAGCAAAAAAAAGAUCUGGCAAAGAGGAAAAUCUAGAAGACAAAAUGGAUCUGGAGAAAAACGACUAGCUAUUUACAUAUGUAAUUAAUAUAAACGUAAAAUCAUGGACUGGUUAUUAUUAUAUUAAUUGGAUGCCAGCUCAUUUCAUGUAAUAUCUAAAAAUCUUACCAACUAGGUUAUAAUAAUAUGAAACAUAGAAGUAAUAAAAAGAACAACAAUGGUAA